AUAGAAGACGAUGACGUUUCAUCUUCACUUUAUUUUUUGUGUAUUAAAUCUCCGGGACUCAUAAUAACAAUUAUUGUUUAUCAUCAAUACCAGCCAGUAUGAGUGCAAGUGCCAAGAAUAUACCGCCUCAGAAUGAAGAGCCCAUUAAAUCGAAUGAAAUCGAUUCUAAUAACAUCGUACUUGAACUAUCAAAGAUCUGCAGAGUCUGCUUAUUGGAAUGCAACGAUCUGAGAUCGCUAUUCGAUGAGGAGCCUUACCGUAUUUCUGAUAUGAUAAUGACGUUCGUGCCCAUUCAGAUUUGUCCGGAUGAUUCUCUUCCUUCAAAAAUCUGUACCCAAUGCGCAGCGCAUGUAUCGCGUGCGAUAACAGUGAAACAGCAAAUCGAAACCGCAGAAGCAACACUUCGGAACUACAUAGCCAUCGGUUAUUUGGACGUUAAAUUGCAGUCCGAAGAAGAACUCGAAAGCUUUGUGGAUAAACCGUUCGAGCAUAGCAACGAUGAGAAUGAUAGCGAAUAUCUCGACCAAAGUGAUCGGACAGUUGUUUCGGAGAACAAUAAGUCACCUUUUCCAUCAGACGAAGGUAUGAUGGAAAAUUUCAACGAAAACGAUGAGCACGUGACCAGCGAAGGAUGUGAUUUUACGGAAUCUAAUUUUAUUGGCAAGAAUCAGGGUAAAAAAAACGUUUCGGCCCGCAAAAAACGCGCCGACAUGAAAGUGAAGAAACGAAGUAAAGAAAAGUCUGAAGGCAGCAGCCAAUGGGUCUGUCAAAUUUGUGAUAAAGAAUUUUCGGAUAUUCGUCGCUUUAAUCGCCAUAAAAAGAUCCACGACGAAGAGAAACAGUAUCGAUGUCAGACGUGCAAUAAGGGUUUCAACGAACGGGCGGAUCUGAAUCGUCACAUUGAACGUCAUAUCAAGUCUAAAGAUACAGCGCAGGAGGAAAACUUUAAUUGUCCGGAGUGUCAUAUGUCGUUCAAAGUAGAGGGCGACCUGAAGAUUCAUCAAUCCGUUCACCGUGACGAUGGAAAAAUCAUUUGUGGCGAAUGCAAUAAGGAGUUUUCGACAAAAAUCCAACUGAAGAGACACGUCAGAACGCAUUUCCUUGACAAACCCCACAAAUGUGCCGUGUGCCAGAGAGGCUUUCCGGAAAUGGGUUCGUUAACGCGUCAUUUCAAGAAGCAUACUGGUGAAGUCAGAGAGAAGAAAUACGAAUGUCUCACGUGCGGCAAGAGGUAUUUCGAUUCGCAUUCGCUGGGCGUUCACAAUCGAAAACACAGCGGGGAGAAGCCUUGGACAUGCGCAACAUGCGGAAAGAGUUUCAUUGAUCUUCGGCUUCUCAAUUCGCACAAGAAAAUUCACAUGGAUUACAAGCCACAUGCGUGCCAAUACUGUGAUAAACGGUUUACUCAUCAGAGUACGCUCACAACCCACAUGCGAACGCACACCAACGAAAAGCCAUACAUCUGCAACUUCUGCGGGAAAUGCUUCAUUCAGUCAUCCAAUCUGUCGUUACAUAUAAGAGUCCAUACAGGCGAAAAGCCAUACAAAUGUACCACAUGCCAACGCUGUUUCGCCAGUUCCAGUACAUUGACAAUGCAUCAUCGAGUACAUUCAGGAGAAAAGCCCUACAACUGUUCCGUAUGUAACAAAAGUUUCGCUCGACACGACUUGUCAGCCCACAUGCGUACACAUACUGGGGAAAAGCCUUUCGCCUGUACCACCUGCACUAAGCGUUUCACAACCAGUGGUCAACUGAAUCAACAUUUACGCACUCAUAGCGGCGAAAAGCCAUACGUCUGUGAUCGUUGCAACAAGGCGUGUUCAUCGUCCACCUACCUCAAAAAACAUCAGAAAACCUGCCAUCGAGACAACACCCAACCGAAUCCACCCGCUCCGGAGGAAUAUAUCGAAAUUACCUCCAUUCCGACGACCCAUGCCGAUCCAAAUAUGCCGGACUCGGGUUCGAUUAUCCUAACCGAAGUUACUGAAAGCACGGACACGUAUUACGUUCGCAUCGACGGCAUCCAUGAAAUGAUGGACACGGCAAUCAACGAACAUAGUCUGGUGAUCGAUAAUCAAACGGAAAUUCUGAGCGAUAUGAUUCCGGUUGUCGGAGCAGAAAUGUCGGACAAUGUUCGGAUGCACAUUGACGACAAGAAUAUUUACCAAUCCAUCGAUCCAAAUUGUAUGCGAAUACAGGUGGAGCACAUUGAUGACGGGGACACAAGUGCCAUCGAAAAUCAACAGUAUUUUAUAACGUCCGACUGUGUUGUCAAUAAAUAGCAUAAAUAGCUAAAGAA